AUGCGGGGAGCGUCGAGGUCGAUUCUGGGGUGCAGAAGUGACAUCCUUGCACAACAAGAAACCAAUGGACCAAGGAAACUAGAGUAUAUCAAAACCUCAGCCUUCGGCAUGAACACACAAGCCUGUGACCGCUGCCGGCGUCGCAAGUCCCGAUGCGACAAGAUCUCACCCUCAUGUGGGCCUUGCCGAAAAGUCGGCACAAUAUGCAAGUAUGUCGACCGGGCCAAAGACCGACGGGAGUUGGUCGAGAGACUCCAGCGUCGGCUGAAGCAGGCCGAAGCCAAUAAUUCUAGUUUGGCUGCUCGACUGGCGCACUCGGAGUUAGGAACAUCACCCCAGACGGAGGUCGGACGGGCGUCCGAACCGAGCGCGGAUCCUGACGUUGGUCAAUCUGCCGAAGAGGGAGAAGAAGAAAGAGAUCGUGGAGAUGAGGUUAUGGAGGAGGUAUCGUUCCUCUCACGCCGUGCGGGAGGAGAGCAUCAUUUUCUGGGCUCGGCUAGUGGGAUACCUUUUGCGAAUUUAGUCAGUACGACUGUUGAAGUGACAUCUAGGAGUCCUCAGAAAGAGAGACUGCCGUGUAGGCCUAAUGGUGUCCCAUCGGCUCCGACAUCUUCGGCUCUCCCGUUUGAUGCCUCUUUCCUUCCUCCGGAAAGGGUUGCUCGCGACCUUCACCACGCAUACUUUGAGAAUGAUCAUCUUUCAUACCCCUUUCUUCAUCGAGGUACUGCAUUGGAUGCGUUGAACAGGGCCUACAAGGAUCCGUUAUGUCUGGAACAAGACGUGUUUGCAGGAUUUGCCUUCGAUAUGAUCUUAGCCAUCGCAACUGCUAGCGUGCACAAAUUCGACUUGGAAUCGUUGCCCAACGCUGAAGGCUACCAGCUAAGGGCAGCACAGCGGCUAAAUGAGGUCCUACAAAGAGGCAAUAUCCAGGCUCUCCAAGCUAUUCUAUUGCUGGGACAAUAUCGCAUGAUCAAUUCUAUCCAGGAUACCUCAAGCAGUAUGUGGCAUAUUGUUGGAAUUGCUUCAAGGAUGUGUUUGGAAAUGGGUCUGCACCGCGAACAAGUCUAUCGAGCACAAAAAGGGAAUGUGGAGAGUAUCUCUUCACAGCAACUUGUGGCAUAUGAAAUACGUCGCCGUUGCUUUUGGUGUGUUGUUGCCAUGGAUAGAGUCGUGAGCAUAACACUAGGAAGGCCUCUUGCAAUACACCUCCAAGAUACAGACGUUUCCCUCCCAGAUCCGAGCCUGGACGCUACCGUAAAUCAUUGCGAGUCCGACACAGAUCAGCUAGCACCGACCUUCUGCAGAACAGCUCUGUUCGUACAUAUCGUACGGUAUCGCAUAAUCUGCGGCGAUAUAUUGUCCGCUCUUCACAACGGGUCCACUCGAACCCAGACAGACGAAGCACCGGCCCUCUCAGCACGAGACAGACUUGCCAACGAGUUAGCUACCUGGCGUCGCGAUACAGCGAGCCUUGCUCUCUCAGAUGUCGAUCUUUCGAGCACACUACCAGGCGACAGAUCCAGCUUUCGAACGCGGGAAUGGUACGAGAUGCUCUAUCACAAUGCCCUUUUGAUGUUAUACAGACCAUCACCAGGUCUUUCAUCAGCAUCGUCGCGAGAUGCAGUAGUCCUACAGACUAUAUUCAUUGCAGCCAAGCAAGCAAUAACACUUUAUGCUCAUCUCCACCGGUCUCGGCGAAUUAAUUACACAUGGAUCACACUGCACUCGGUCUUCAUGGCUGGUCUUUCAUAUGUCUACGCAGUGGGUCGACAUUUUCGCUCCCAUAAAAGGAACAUAUCCACAUCUACGCCAACAGCACUGCUCGAUAACGAUCCCACGAUUAUCGAGAUUGUGAAUGAUUCAAGAGCAUGUUCAAAUGUUUUAGUCGCCAUAUCGGAGCGAUGGAACGUGACGAAAAAUUGCCAUGAUGUUUUUAAUCGUCUCAGUGAUGCAGUGUUGUCUGACGCUGUAGAGUAUCACACCAAAGGCUCUGAACCUACGAGAAACGUGUUACCUGAUGCAUCGCAUGGCUCAAUUUCGGUUGGUGUCGCUGGUAAUUCCCAAAUUAAUUACUGGCCCAUUGAUGAGACAGGUCCAGCAUCGCUUGCGGUGGAUUCUGUUCUGCAUGAGUGUUUUGACGACUUACAACGCUUCCAACCAUAUGGCUGUGGAGAUGAUCCCGUUGGACAAUUAUCGCAUGACUGGCUCGGAGAGAUUGGGGGCAUUGGAUUGAAUAAUAUGCCUUCCAUAUGGUAA